CUUCACUCUGGGUAUAUAGAGCUUGAUCUGAGCAAGUCUCAGCAGAAAGAACACUCCCUUGCCAAACUACAGAGUUACAGAGCUUCCCAUCAGAAAAGAGAAGACAACAGCAAAGACAAUGCUCCCAGCCACUUUCAAACUCUGUGCAGGCAUCUCUUACAGACAUCUUAGGAACAUGACUGGUCUGCAGAAAACAGCAGUAGUUGCCAUUAACCACGAGCUGAAGAGGUUUGCUGCUCCCGGACCCAGUAACUGGAUUAGCCAGGUCCGCAGGAAGAGCUCCUUACUAAGCUCCAGGAGUGAAGAGAAACCCUACAGUGAGGUGGAAAUGUCCUACGUGAAGCAAGGAGAGGAGGCUCUUCAGAAGUCGAUCAGCAUCCUCAGUGAUCAGGACAACUGGAAGACUGAGAUUGUGGCUGCCAAUGGAGACAAGGUGCUGAGCAAGGUGCUCCCGGACAUCGGAAAGGUGUUCAAGCUGGAGGUGGUCUUGGACCAGUACCCUGACCACCUGUAUGGGGAGCUGGUGGACAACAUGGAGCAGAUGGGCGAGUGGAAUCCCAACGUUAAGCAAGUCAAGAUCCUCCAAAGGAUUGGGCAGGACACCAUGGUGACUCACGAGAUGGCAGCCGAGACUGCAGGAAACAUUGUGGGGCCCCGAGACUUUGUGAGCGUGCGCUGUGCCAAGAGGCGUGGCUCCACCUGCUUCCUUGCUGGCAUGUCUACCCGACACCCUGGCAUGCCUGAGCAAAAAGGCUUUGUCAGAGCUGAGAACGGCCCCACCUGUAUUGUUCUUCGGCCCAAUGCUGAGGACCCAACCAAGACAAAGUUCACCUGGCUUCUCAGCAUAGACCUGAAGGGUUGGCUUCCGAAAACCAUCAUUAACCAGGUCCUGUCCCAAACCCAAAUGGACUUCGCCCAGCACCUGCGUGGCCGCAUGGAGACCAUAGCUCUGCCCUGCUGACCCCUCGGACCAGCCCAACACUGCACUCAGUGCAUACUGUACACACACCAGUCUCUAGAGUGUUCACUUGCCAAUGCAGGAGUGGGUGGACUCUUUCGUAACCGGAUUGAAUAGAGCUUAAUUUGUUUUCACCUUUAUUCCAUUUGUUUUACAAAAUUGUAGUUACAACAAAAAUACUGUAGUGCUGGGGAUAUUGAAAUGUUACUAGAGGAUGUACACAGAUUUGUGAUAAAGUAGUCUGACUCAGUUUUAUUUGAUGUGUGUAUUCCAAUUUUUGUUACCACAUGGACCUAACAGUAGGAUGCCGUUAUUCUGGAGUUUGACAAUUGAUAGCCAUUUAAUAGCUUGUUCAAUUACAAUAUAACACUUAUUAGAAAAAUGUUGCUGAAUAGGCCUUCGUAUCUCUUGCUGUGAGUGACGAAACUUGGCUACAAGAAAGAGUGCUAUAAAAUGACUGCCUUUUAAAAAUUCCAUCAGUUUUCCAAACACAUAGACACUAAACACCUUCUCUAGCUACAUGACGCACUGACACAGCAGGAGCUACGACACUGGCUACAAUCCCAGGUUCUGCUCUAGGUAAUGAAGAAGUGCUUUUAUUGUAAGCCAAUUAUUUAUUAACUUGCAAUUAUAUUAAUUCAAUGAUAUGCUGUAUAUGUUGUUAUUUAUUAAAUAUAUUUAAAUGUAUGAAUGGAAAACUUUACUGGGGGGGAGGGAUGUUUUAAAAGAAUUGGAAUUGACCUGAAAUGAAAAUGCUUGAUUGUUUGGAAGGGGGUAGAGCUGUGGAUUUUAAAUUGCAACCAGGACCCUGUCUCCAUCUUCAUGUUAAUUGCAAGCACCACCACUAACCUUAAAGAACAAUGCCCUUUCUAUUUUAUGGUGUUUGUACACGUUCU